UUGGUCGCUACACAUUCCAAAAUCUCAAUCCACGUGCCUUUCAGUUCUAGCUCAGACCAAUAGAAUCAUGGCCGGAAACCCUUCCCUUCGCCGGAGAUAUAACAACAUUCUUGAGUUUAGCGCCGUGGGACCGGCGAGCUCUCUUAGCGACAUGGUAUUCGGAUUUCUAGAAGAUCACGCUGACGAAUCGCCGGAAAGUAGGUUCAGCUCCGGCGACGAUUGUGAUUACGGAGACGAGGAGGAUAGUUGCGAUGUCGAAGAGAACAAGGCGUAUUGGGAAGAACAAAUCAAUCUCCUUCAGGCAACGAUUUGCAGAACCAAUUCAAUCGAAUCGAAGAUACGUCAAGCUACGAAGGAAGCUUUGAAAGAGACGAUAAUCUCACAUUGUGCGUGCGGAAGAUCGACGGUGGGAGGAGUUUGCCGGAAUUGUUUACGAAGAGAGGUCUGCAAUCGGCUCAUAAAUCUCGGCUACGAUUGUUCGCUUUGCAAAUCCAAGUGGAGAAGCUCCUCUAGUAUCCCCGCAGGAGAACAUACGUACUUGGAAGUUGUAGACAGAUCGAGUUCGAAGAGAGGGGAGAUGAGAGUGGUGAUAGAGCUAAAUUUCAGAGCAGAGUUUGAGAUGGCUAGGGCUAGCGAAGAUUACAAUCGAUUAAUCAGUCGAUUACCGGAGGUGUUCGUGGGGAAAACGGAGAGAUUAGGGAACGUGAUUAAGAUUCUGUGCUCGGCGGCUAAGAAGUGCAUGAAGGAGAAGAACAUGCACUUGGGGCCAUGGAGGAAGUACAAGUAUAUGCAGGCUAAGUGGCUCGGAAAGUGUGAGCGGUCUACGCCGGCGCCGCUGCCGGUUAGCUACUCCGACCGCCCAACCAAGCCCAGGGCCUCCAUGUUGACCUUUGAUCUCUUGGAGGCUAUGCCCAUGAGUGCUCUGGUUCAAGUUGUGUGAUUAUAAUUAAUUUCACAACAUAAAAUAAACAAAUUUUGUCAUGAAGAAAAUUAAUUAAUAUUCUAAUGUGUAUUUAUAUAUUGAAUUUGCUGGUAGAAUCAAGAUUAAAAUAUGAGUUUCUGUGAUCGGAAGUUGUACUUCUUGCAUCGUUGUAUAUUUUCAAGCAGCCCUUUGACUUCUGUAAAGUUGUGUGGUAUCAUGUUGGACGGUCAAAAUUCUGCUCCUAUCUGUGUACCAUCUUUGAUAUAUUUGUCAUUAGAGAGUGUUGGAUUGGAUGAUCGUAUACUUCACAAUAUAUUAACUAGAUGCUGUUUCCUUGAGAAAUUGGGUUUUAAGGAAUGCACGAAGUUGCUGAA